AUGCUUGAGGACGUACUCUACGAAAUUUUGCCAGUGGUUGGCUUUGCCUUGUCUGCCUCAAGUAUUCUAAUCCUGGUCGUCAUGAGAAAAGCUACCGGCGCUUUUCAGUUUACCAUUUGGUUCGACCUCAUCGCUGGUCUGGCAACCAUUUACGCAGGUUUUUACGGAAUUGUUACAACCGUUUACGGAAAAACUGGAGAGGUAACGACGCCUAUCAAAUGCUUCUACGAAGCUCUUCAUGUACCUGUGUGGCUAUUUCUGGACAUCUUCCACAUGGCAGUCCUCUCACUAUUCUGUUUGGAUCGUCUUACUUUUAUGGUCAUUCCUGUUAUCUACUCAAAGAUUUCCCGCAUUUACCUGAACUGGCCAUUUAUCUCCCUCCUCGGUCUAGCCAGCUCGAUAAUUAUCAUACCGGGGUUUUCAUUUGCUAUUGAGUCUCAUAAAAAUGCCUCCGUCGUAAUCUCUGAUCUCUGCCGUAUGGAUGCUGUGACCGGACAGAAGUACUAUAAAAAUCAUUUAAUGGCCAUGCAGUGGAUGCCGAUAAUGGCCUGUAUCAUACUGGCCUUGCUCAUAUAUGGUAUUCGAGGACUGAAGCAAAAGUGGCAAUACAACUGGUCUGAAGAAUCAGGGCACACUAAACAGCUCUUCAUCUCUCCGUUCCUACGGUGUUUCCUAAUGGGUGUUGCCGUGCAUUUGCCGUUGAUAUUCGUUCAAAAUUCUCCCGAGCGUACGCAAUUGCAGGAAUUUAGAGACGUGCUGAUCAGGUUACCUUUCUAUUCUGUUGUGUCUGUUCUACAGCCAUUAUGGUACGUAUUGGCAAUGCCAGAGUUCUGCACCAAUGCCAGCUUACUAUUCAAUCAGUAUGGCCACGACACUGAAAGGAAAUGGCAGAGCGCAGAUGACCCUCCUCAAGGGAAUGAUCACGUGGACAGGUUUGGAGAUCAGAAUCCGUUCGGCUCAUGGUACUCAUCGGCGGGGAACGUGACCGGGGAAGCUGGCCUACCAGUGGGUAACGAAAGGAGCGUCAGCUUCUACUAUGACAGACAAUAA